UCUGUGGGCGGAAGGAAUGGCGCCGCAUGGCAAUAUGUUGCCAAUAAUGUCCGAAGUUUGUUGCCAAUGACCAAUGUAUUCGAAAGGCUGGAACAGUUAGUGGAUGCUUAUGCUUGAUGUUGCAUGCAUGAUGGUAUUUUCCGAGGAGUAACUUCAUAUCCCAAAAGCAUCUUCAAUAGAUGACGCGUUUAAUCUAAGAAGACAAUUCCAGCAAGUCAUUGUUGCCUUAGUUACCAUUAUCCUUGCGGGUAUCCAACGUUCCGUUCUACAAUAUACGAAUCUGCCUCAUUGUGCUUCCAAAGCCAUAUCCUCAGUCCGACGUAAGGAAUACAAACCAUUCUUGACACUACAACUUGUUUUUGGUGGAUUAUUGACCUCAGCUACCAAUCUCACGGCAGUUCCCUAAGGAAGCUAGUUAGACGUUGCUUCUUCAGCAGCUGAGUCAAACGCAUUCAUCAUCCAGGUCUCGUUCACGGGAUCUACUUACUCAAAGCGGCGAAGGAGCGAAUGGAUUCAUGUAACUCAAAGCAACUCGAGCAGCAGACGACACUAAUGUGACGCAGGAGAGCAGACAGCAGUGUCCUUCCGUUCUGUUUACAAGAUUCAGGAAGUGUUCCUCUAUAGCUUGAUUGUUGUCUCUAGAUUGUGAUAUACGCAUUCGAACUGAGGGUAGUAUUAAAACGAGACAAAAGAUCCAUGGAGUGAUACAUGACAUAAGUACAUCGGUUUUCCUUUGUGAGGACAACACUUCUGUAUGCCAAUUUCGAGAACAUCUAUUGCUGAAGUUCAUGAUAAUAUUUCGCAGUUUAUAGUCUUUGACAGCCACUAUGUGAUAGAUAUUAUCUUUAGUGCUUACGAAAAGUAAUAUACAUCUGCAGACGACAUUGUCUUCCAUUGUGUUUACAUAUUUCAGGAUAAGUUCAUCUUUUCAUUGUCAUUCCCUUGUGAGCUACAAGCUUUCAAGGCGUGAAAUAGGACUCAACGCUAUCUUUGUCUUUUAGCAGACGACAUAACUGGUGCAGACGACACUGUUCCCAUCUCUUAUGUUUACGAAUUCUGGGGUGUGUUAAUCAAUGAUUUGAAUUUGUGAUCCUCAUGUAGGUUUGAAUGGUGUGUACAUACUUCUUGUACGGUACUCAUAUGGAUUUAGGAGAUUCUGAAACCAUGAGAAAAAAAUUCUAUUCGAACGGUAAAUUAAAGAAAUUGGUCUUGGAAUAAGACAAGAUUGUCGCCGCAACUUUUUAUAACCGGUUAAUAUUUUGAUCAAGAAAGAAGAUAGAGCCGAGUUAAGGAUUUUCUUGGGAUGAAACGCUUUGCAAUAAUGGUGUCGCUCCAAGUAAUUGAGAUGCAACAAUCGUGGCUGGCUUGGGUGUUUAUUUUGUGUCUGUAUUUACAUCUGCAGUUCCUUGGGUGUCAGGAACUGCCGCAGACGUCGGGUACAUAUGGAUAUGAACAAAGCAAUGGUAAUGGAACCUCUGUUGGGAAUUCCACACGAUAUUCUGAGAGGAUUACAACAGACGAUGCUAAUGGUACGUCUGCUGAAAACACGGAAGAACAUAUUGCUUUAACAGAGGAUAAAAUACCGGAUUACCAUCAUGAAAAUAAUUCCAUGUCUAAUUGUUUUAACUCUACCUCAAAUGAUUCGCGUAAUUUCAUGGCGUUAAAGUUUCUUUGUGUUAAGUAUUUCAGUGAUUGGGGAGGUGGUGUGGCUGAUAGGUGUUCUACUGUUGAACAACUGUGUCUAUUCCAAACAGAAUUCAAUAUCUCUGAUAAAGAUAUGGAAAUUAUCCGUCACAUGCCUUUAAAAUCAUUUAAUUUGCAUAAUAUCACCAAAGCCGAGCAGUCGAAAAAGCCAUCGUCGUCUGCUCACAAUACGAGCCUCGCUUCUUCUGCACUGAACGAAGAUGGCUACGCAGCAACCAAGAAGGAAAAUACUUCAUUUAGUGCACAAACAUCACCCAUACCUCCAUCCACAGCACCGGUGAACUCUGAAAAUAUCACACACACAAAUUUUACAGAAACUGCAGUCGAACAUAAAAUAAAAGACAAAAAUAAUUUCAAGGAUGAAGAGUCACAUGAAGAGACAAAAGUAAAUGUCAGUACUUCAAAUUAUAACUUCACAUCAGCGUCUCCUGAAUUCGGCAGUUCCACUGACGAUGCAGAGCAGAAAAGUGAUAACAUUUCUGGGCAAGAUGUUGACACUAAUGAAAAAGAACCAACAACAACAACAACGUCAACAACAACAACAACAACAACAACAACAACAACAACAACAACAUUACCGAAUGAAAUUGAUAAGAAAGCAGAGGAUGACAACAGUGACGGUUUGGAGAAGUUAAACGUUUAUAAGAUCUUCCAAGAUUGGAGUAAGAAGCACCGGAAGAAGGGCGGGCGAGAGGAGAACGAGGUCCUGGAUGAGACUCAUGUCGUCUCGUACGGAGACCAUGAGAGUAAGGCAGAGCUCCAUGGCAAGACAAAAACAGAGGAAUCCCAAUUGGCAGGAUUUCAGUGGAAGGAUGAGCAUUACAUGAUGAACGUUCUGGUUCCGAUUGGUGUUGGUAUAUCCGGGGCGCUGCUAAUUGUCUCCCUCUUCUACCUUCUGCGGACAUGCUCCAAAGAUGCCUCGGGAAGGAACGUACAGAGGCGGCCAAGUCGGAACAUGGGCCGGAUGGAGGUUCAAAUGCCACAAGAAACAGCAACAACAGAUCACGUGAUGUUACUAGCUGACAGCUCCGAUGACGAGUUUUAGAUGGUAAUAAAGAGGUCAAGAAUCGGGAUUGGGUGGGUCACCUCGUGGACUGGGUGAACUCGUCGUUGACAAAGGAGUGUCGCCUAUGCCAGUGGUUGGCUCAAUACGGUGUUAGGCGUACAGGCUGAGAAUACAUACAUGUAAAGGCAGUCGAGGUUAUAAUCUUCUUCGGUCUUCGCUCAUUGGUUAAUCGUUAAUCAUAGUCACGGAAAAACCGUAGAGCUAUCAAUUGAAGCACGUUGCAUUUCGCAUUGAAACGUAGUAGAACUGAGAUAUCAACGAUUUCAGAAUGACAUGUCCCUGGUCAGAACCAGGAUCAGUGUCUUCAAGGGUUUUAACAAUGUUUAUUGUCCCUUUCUUGACAAAAAAGGAGAGGUCACCAACAUGCAUUUUAGCGCCUGGUGAAUUUUUCAAUCUUUAUGAUAGAUUGAAUGCUCCUUAUGGUAUCCUCAUUCCAUAGGGUGAUUGCUUGUUUCUGGUUGGACAGGGAAAUUUGAAUUUAUACUAAAAAGUAGACAGCGCUGGCAAUGCCAUUCGAGAUACAUGUAGUUGGUCACAGGUUCAACUAUGCAAUAAUGAACGUGAAUAGAUGUGGCUAGCAUGAUUUUUGCCUUAGCUUCAUCUCGAUGUUAUAAUUAUCUUUCAAAUCGUGAAAUAGCUAUAAAUGCGUGUUCUUUGUGUCUAAUGUAGCCAAGACAUGAGAGGGUGCUGUUCUGAUGACUACCACUUUAAUAACCGCCAUGUCACCCCACGAAGCUUGGUUUACGUAAGCAGUAAGCCGAGAGCAGUUUGGAGCUUGUGGUGGUAUCAUGUUGGACUUGAUUGGUCUUUCUCGGGCUGGAAUAUCGCCGCUUCAUAGUCGACAAACUGCAUAAACCAUUUUACAAACUAACUUCGUGUAAAAUCAACAGUGUAAGCUCUCAAUUCCAGUCAUCACUCUGUGCCAAACAUCGAUCAGAAAGUAGAUUGUGUUAUUUCUCUUGAACCUAUCUUGACAGGCAGGAAUGACCACCUACUUUCUGUUCAGCCAGAGUAAUGGUUUGAUUUGAAUUACAGCGUCAGGAUUACAUUUGUAGGUAACCUUUGCAACUGACCAACUCUUUUGUGUUGUAACUUACCGUGGGUAAAUUUUAAAUGCCUUGCUGGGCCUAAUUGUUCUGUUGUUAUUAUUACUUGCCAAAGUCUUCCAAAUAAAUAAA